AUGGACGAGACACGCCAGUCCAACAGCCUGUCUGGCAUUCCUCGACUCUCGAAGCUUCCCAAUUCAAAGCUCCCGGUGCCCAGAACCCCCUCUGUCCUCAACUCUCCGUCUAGAGAAAGCCUGAUAAGUGGUCUUCGAAACCCAAAGCUUCGUUCAACACCCUCCCGCAGCCAACUGGCUGGUACUGUCGAAGCCCCAGCCACUGCAGCUCCAGCAGCACCCUCACGAACUCUCUCCCGACGUUCUUCGAGCCAGUUUGUUGGGAAUGCAACUAAAGUCACCCCUAAAGUCACACCUCAAGUCACGUCCAAAUCUCGGGAUGUUGCAUUACAAAGGCCUGGGAGGAAUGGCAGCCCCUUGUCCCAACCUGUGGCUGGAAAAUCUGCCUUUGCGCGUUCCCUAGGCACCAGGAAGCCCUCCUUGCCGCGCCUUACUAGCCCCCCUUUCUCUACUGAGAAUUCGCCAAUUGAACCGUCUGAGGCCUCGGGACUGCCAGUUGGGCCGGUAGCGGUCCCCGAGGAGGAAGAGCUUGGGAGAAGCUUCAGCAGGACGCAGCCAUACAAGCCGAGGCCCUCGCUGUCAGAGAGGACCGUUGAGACUCUGGCUCAACUGCCAUCAUCGCCAGCCGUCAAGGGCAGGGCUUCGGCUUUCUAUGACCCCGAGUCUGCAAGAAAGACGCCGCGUUCGCGGCCGGGGUCCAGCCAUCAAUCUGAUGGGUCAAACAGAACGCCGUCUCGGCCGAGCAGCCGGCCUGGUUCUAGCUCUGGCCCAGAUGAUUGUGCCAUAAACUUCCGCGCCUCGACGAAUACUUACAGGAAUCCGCUCUCUACCAUCGACGGCACGCCAACCAGAGGCCGCGGGGGCAUGAGAUCCUUCAAGACUCCCUCGCAAGACAAUCCCAGGGGUUCAAUUCGCGGAUCUGCGACCAAGAUGCAGCCACCUGCCACUACAGGAUUCGCACGGUCGAGGACGCCCAGUCCUGGGAAGCGCGCCCAGGAUGUGCCAGCUUCCCGGUUUGCAUCGAAAACUAUCGCCACCCGUUCUGUCCGGCCAAGGCCUUCCCUCAAUGGCCUCUUUAAGAAGCCGUCGAUGCCUACGCUCGACAGAAAUGGCGCUGUGGGAACUCCGAGGAAGGUGUCUUCGGCUUCACAAAGGUCUUCGGCCACCUCCUGCGAAGGGACGAAUCCAUCGAAUGCGUCAACCACGUCCACCAACACAGCGAUUACCACGGAUUCGCUCGAUCCAUCUCCAGUGUCGUCGAGCAGGAAAUCGUCUGCUGCGUUGCGAGAGCAGAUCGCGAAGGCCAAGGCCGCGAAGAGGGAAACCUCGCGUCGCGUUUCUGAAUCGCAGCCCCUCGAGGCCCAAUCCCCGCCUUUGAUUCCAACCGACACCACCUUCGACUUUGGCUUGUCCCGUUACCCUUUUGGCCAGCAAAAGGAUGACAAGUCGGAUUUAAAGGUACUGCAGGGAAGGAUCGGGUCGGCAAGAACAAGCGGGAGACUGAACAUUGCGGCCAUGGGUCUGCGAGAAAUACCAAAAGAAGUCAUGGAUAUGUACAAUUUCGAGUCCAUCGGAAGGCAGGACGGGUCAUGGGCGGAAAGCGUCGACCUGACCAGAUUUGUUGCCGCUGAUAAUGAACUCGAGAUGAUUGACGAUUCCAUCUUCCCCGACCUUGACCGGGAAGAGUUGGCGGAUACCCAGGAUAACGAGGAUGAUGCCCAGGGGAAUAUCUUCGGUGGCUUGGAGACCCUGGACCUGCAUGGCAAUGUGCUGAUCGCACUGCCAAUGGGGAUGAGACGUCUCUCGUUGCUGACGUCUCUGAACUUGUCCCAGAACAGGCUUGCCAACAACUGCCUGGAGGUGAUUUCCCAGAUAACUUCGUUGAAGGAUCUGAAGCUCGGCGGGAAUCUCUUAUACGGCCCACUGGACCCGUGCUUCUCAGGCUUGGGGAAUCUCGAGAUCUUGGACCUUCAUGGUAACAACAUCGCAUCACUACCUUCGAAUUUUGGCAACCUCUCUCGCCUUCGGAUCCUGAACAUUAGCGAGAACUGUUUUGAGGCCCUGCCAUUUGAGAUUCUGGCAACUCUCCCACUCACCGAGCUGCUUGCCCGGAAGAACCAACUCAGCGGCACCCUAGUUGCGGACACUGUUGAAGCGUUCCCAAGCCUCCAAUCGUUGGAUGUCUCAGCAAACCAGUUGACCCAGCUAAUGUCUAGCACCCUCGGGAAGGCACCAGCGAUGCCGUCUCUGCACCAGCUCUGUGUUUCCAUGAACAGGCUGCAAAGCCUUCCCGACAUCAGCACUUGGACUAAUCUCAUCACCCUCUCAGCCGACGAGAACAGUAUAAAUGCCAUCCCCGAUGGCUUCGCGUCGCUAGACAAGCUGAGAUCGGUUGACUUUUCGAGCAACGACAUCCGUGUGAUUCCACCAGAGGUCGGCCGAAUGGAGAAUCUGGCAAUGCUCCGACUGAGCGGCAAUCCCCUGCGAGAUAAGAAAUUCUGCUCGAUCGGCACCGACGACAUGAAGGCGAUCUUGGCCACGAGGUUGGAGCCAGUCCAUAUCCAUAACCCUCUCGAGACGGAUGGGACCGCUAUUGGACUGGCCGUAGACCAGAGGGACACCGCUGCUACUGCUCCUUCUGCCAUAGCAGAACAAAAUGAGGACAAUGAUGACAGCCGCUCAGACUUGGACGAUUUCGCAACACCGCCAACGUCAGCUCCGCAGUCGCCCGCGCGUUCACGUUCCCACACUCUAACCAACCAGACCUGGCCUGUCAAGACUGGCGGCAUCUUAGACCGAUCCCACACUCAGUCAACUGCGCUCCACCCAGUCAUAUGUUCAAAGGUGGCAGCCGGCAGCAGCGUGCGUGAGGUUCAACUCCACCACAACCUCUUCACUGCUCUACCAGAUUCGCUGUCUUUCUUUGCCGAGACCUUGACGUCGCUGUCCCUUUCACAUAACAAGCUUGUUGGCGAGACAUAUCUGGGAGGCGAGAGUGGGAACGAAGACCUCGACCUACCAGCACUGAAGGAGCUGAACUUGGCCUCGAACCAUAUCACCAGCCUCAGCCCACUUGCCCUCCACCUUCGGGCUCCUCGGCUUCAGAAGUUGGACGUCUCGUUCAACCGCAUUGCCGCCUUGCCUCCGAACCCCCUCCGCAAUUCCUUCCCCCAGCUCGCGGUCCUCCUCAUCUCCAACAACCACCUCAUCGACCUUGAUCCGGAGACGAUCAAGGGGCUCAGCAUCGUCGACGCAGCGAAUAAUGACAUUUCGCACCUCAACCCGCGCCUUGGUCUGCUAAGCGGCACCGGCGGGCUCGAACGGCUCGACGUCAGCGGCAACCGUUUCCGCGUGCCUAGAUGGAAUGUCUUGGAGCGUGGAACCGAGGCGACGCUCCGCUGGCUGAGAGGCAGAGUCCCCGUGGCCGAAAUGGCCGCAUGGAAGGCCGAUGGCGGCGAUGACGACGGUGAAGAAGCAGACUCGGGCAUGGCUGACUUGGAUUGA